AUGGAAUCAAGUGUCAAUUACUUAGAGACAUUUAGAACAAAUGAGAGUGAUCAUGCUGAACAAAUUUCAAAUGUUAUUGAAGAAAAUCUUAGAGAUUGUCCAAAGAUGUUUGAGAGGCUUAAAGAUGAUGCAGAAACACCAUUGUAUAAUGGAUGUACAAACUUCUCAAGAUUGAGUUCUGUUUUAAAGCUUUAUAACUUAAAAGCCUCGAAUGGAUGGACUAAUAAGAGCUUCACAAGGCUGCUAAGUUUAUUACAUGAGAUGCUGCUGGAGGAUAAUGUGCUACCGCAGAGAACAUAUGAGGCUAAACAAGUACUUGCCUCCAUUGGAUUGACCCAUGAAAAGAUACUUGCUUGUCCUAAUGACUGCAUUUUGUUCCGAAAUGAGUAUGGAUCACUAAGGAAAUGUCCAAAGUGUAAUGUAUCACGAUACCUAAAGAAAGACACAACACCUACGAAGGUCAUAUGGUAUUUUCCACUAAUAUCGAGGUUAAGACGUCUUUUUCGCAGUGCAGAAAAUGCAAAGCAGAUGACUUGGCAUGCUGAAGGCCGAAUUAGAGAUGGAAAGCUAAGGCAUCCAGCAGAUUCUCCGCAGUGGAAAAAAUUUAAUGAUGACCAUGAAGAGUUUGCAACUGAAACAAGGAAUAUACGUUUUGCAUUAGCAACCAAUGGAAUGAAUCCACAUGGCAUGCAAAGUAGCACCCAUAAUUUGAAGUUGUUGUGGGAUAAUGGCAUAGAAGUAUAUGACGGAUAUAGAGAUGAAAAUUUCACAGUGAAGGCAAUGUUGUAUGGAACAAUUAAUGACUUUCCUACAUAUGGAAAUCUUUCUGGUUACAGCAUCAAAGGUCAAUGUGCAUGUCCAAUAUGUCAGGAAAAAAUAGAUUAUAGUGGAGAAGAAAUAUUUGAUGAGGUUAAACAUAUAAGAACAACAUUUGGAAAACUUUUUCCCAAACAAAUUCCAACCGCAAUUUGGAAGAAGAUGUCAAUUUUCUUUCAGUUACCGUACUGGAAAUCUUUAUACGUAAGACACUUUGUUGAUGUUAUGCAUGUUGAAAAAAAUGUUUGUGAAAGUGUGAUUGGUACAUUAUUAAACAUUGUGGGAAAAAAUAAAGUUGGCAUCAAUGCAAGACUUGACUUGGUGAAGUUGGGAAUACGAUCCGAUUUGGCUCCAGUGAAGAAGGGAAAUCAGACCUUUUUACCGCCAACAGCAUAUACCCUGUCUAGAUAUGAGAAACGUGCUUUAUGUGAGACUCUUUAUUCAGUUAAGGUUCCAGAGGGGUAUUCAUCAAACAUUAAUAGUCUUGUAUCACUUAAGGACCUAAAGUUAAAAGGAUUGAAGUCUCAUGAUUUCCAUAUAUUAAUAGAAAAUUUAAUUUAUGUUGCUAUACGGUCUAUUCUACCCAAGAAAUUUCGCAUGGCAAUCACGAAGUUGUGUUUCUUUUUCAAGGCAAUAUGUAGCAAAUUGAUUGAUCCUGAGAGACUACCAUGUUUGUAA